CAGGUCAAAUUGUCCCACGUUUCUCAAGCAGUAAAAUAGACAGAAACCGAGCUCCACGUUUCUUAAAAAUGCAAUCCAGUUACACAAAUCCUUACAAACUCGGCUGAAACCUAUGAGUUUAGAGGAAAAACCAAAUCAGACAAGCUAGAAGAGGACUCAUGAUAGCUUCAACAUCAUGUCUUAUACCAGGCUCAACACCAAGUGGCUCACGACCAGCUCUGUGGCUGCUCAAGCCACAGUGCUAUUCGAUCAAUUUCUUUAUCACUGCGAUAAGAUAGAAGCACGUGCCAUCUUUCGGAGUCCGCCUUGCUUGACGUGAUCUACGACGCCAUGUUUCCCCGGACUGGCUUUGAUAGCAACUCGCAUGUUCCUUAACGGUUGACGAUUUGAAUUUCAGCAACCUCGAAACUCAAUUUCCUCACUUAUCGUAUCGUCAUCGACCAACCUUAAUCACUCGUCCCCCGAUUCUUCUCUUCUCAAACAAGUCCCAGGAGUUAUCAUCGCAUGUUGUUUCAUUGGAUGUGAAGGCGUCAACAUCACUCAGUGUCCUCGAUUUCUAGGUUCCCCCCAUUGAAUAGCAGCCACAGCUACGUAAUUCCGUCCAGCUACAUAUAAAAUCCCUUUUCGACGCCGUUCUUUUGCGACUCCGAAUUCCUCAACCGAUCUCGUUUUAAUACAAAAACCCGUCAUCAUGGCUCGAGCGCAAAGCCACCCGAUUCUGGCUCAGUUGCGAAACGCUAGAACAUUGCCCGAGCAAACUGACGCCUUACGAGCUCUCAAGAAUGAAAUUAUCGGCCAUGUACAAAGAAAAGAGCAAUGGAUUGGCUUGGGUGUUCUUGAUCCAAUUGUCAGAACAUUGGCCUCGGCCAGGUCACCAGCGAAGCCAAACGGGAAGGACUCUCGAUAUCCUUUACUACAGAGGCCGUUAUCGGAAGAUGAGAAUGUGAGGUUACAGGCGCUUCAACUGGUGGCGAGCUUUGCGAACGGUAUGCUCUCAACAAACUGCUCGACAUCGCCUGGUUAUAGUUACUGAUGGACAUGAUUAGGAGGACCUACUUUCCUUGCGCCCCUCCAUGCGGCACGCGCAAUUCCCUCCCUCAUGGCCAACGUAUCGCCGUUCACCAACGCACCGCAACUCGUCGUCGCGGCCCUCAAGGCAUUGACCGACAUAGCUGAUGCUUCUACCCUGGCGGCGCCAUCUUCGCCCAUCGAUGUCGAAUCUCUAGCGGAUACCGUGUUCUCUGCCCAAUAUCUCGAUUCGUUUGGGGCAAUGCUUUCUAUCACUUCUACGAAUAUCCUCCUACAAUCCCAGGUUUCGCUCGCAGCAGGCUUGAUAUCUCGACUUUGCCGUGAAGAGCGCCAUCAACAAGCUUUGGCAACAUCCGGAGUAUUAGAUGCGUUAGCGACCCGUUUAGCAAGCGUUGCGGUUCUUCGUGGAGAGGUUGUUCCAGGGGCUGACGCUUCGGCAAAGAACGAUGGGCUCUUUGAAGCUUUCCCCGAGCCGGCACCCCAAACAUUAAGAUUGGAUUCGAUACUUGAGGCUAUCGGUGCUAUUCUGGGAGAUUCAAAAUAUCGGGCAAAUAGACUGGCAAACUCUCCUUCUAUUCUUGCUGUCUUCCCACCGAUCAAAUUUGAGCCUGCAGGAAACCCAGACGUCGAGCAAACAGGCCCUAACAGCACGCGUCAGCAUCCAGUGACUGCGAUGGAGUAUAUGCUUCCGAUCAACUUACCCCGAAACCAAUCUACAUCCCCCUACGGCUCCGUACCACCAGGUGGCUCUUCAGAUUCGCAAUCAUCUAGCCGAUCUUCUCUGAGCAAGUUCAGCUCGUCUGCUAUAUGGGAUUCGCCUCGAUUUCAAACCACGGGCUCGAGUCCUGAAGAUACUGAGGAGAUUGAGAGCCCCUUUAUUCCCUGGCUGGUCCGGCUCGUGAGGCGCUCAGGUGAAUAUGAGCGCCUCCUUGCCUCUGCUAUUCUUGCUGCACUUAUCAAAGGUGGAGUAGCAAGCAAAGGGUUGAGAGAAGCGAGCCUGGGACUUCUCGUGGUACCCCUUCUCAUCCGCAUGAUAGCUAAAAACGACAAAGACGUCUCGGAUGUGAAUGAGGUCGACAAUACGGUCAAACGCACUAUUUUAGAGCGCGCACCAGUGGUUUUAGCACGCAUGAUUACAGACAGCGAGUACCUCCAGAAGGCAGCCUACGAAUGUGAGGCCGUGCCUGUGUUGAGUCGGCUUCUCAAGCACGCCUACACUCCUGUAAAGGAAGGUACGCGGCCGCAUUACUGGUCGCCUCAUGCAGAUGUCGAUAUGGAGGUUGAGAACAACUCCCCAGUGGCUCAACUUGGUCAGGAGGGUCAGAAUGAGCUCCUGGUUCACCGACUCAAAGUGCGUGAAAGCACAUUGAAGGCCAUCGCAGCUCUCGCAGGGGGUAAAGAAGACUACAGAAAGGCAUUUGUGGCUGAAGAUGUGGUUUCCUACGUUGUCGAGUCCCUUUCAGAGUAUCCUAGAAGACCGCAGAGUGCAAAGGAGCGAGGCUCAGAAAAGCCAAGCGCUGAGACUACUAGAAAGGGAGAAACGGCAGGAUAUGGUGCCAACCCUGCUUCCGUGAUCGUUGCCGGAUGCCAUGUUGUUCGAAUGCUUUCGAGAUCAGUCAGCAUUCUACGAACAUCCUUGGUUGACCACGGAGUUGCUCUGCCCAUCUUCCGCUUCAUGAAACAUCCGGACGUCAAUGUUCAAAUCGCUGCUACUGCGGCUAUCUGCAACCUGGUCCUGGAGGUCAGCCCAGUGAGAGAGCUUCUUGCCGAGAAUGGCGUUGUGACUGUUCUUUGCGAGCACGCCCACUCACAGAACCCGGCUCUUCGCUUGAAUGGAUUGUGGGCACUCAAACACUUUGUAGAUGCCGUUGGACCCGACCUGAAGAAAGCAUGCCUUGCAGAGCUUGGAUCUCACUGGCUACAGCAGUUGGUUUGCGAUGAUACGGAAGACAUGGCCUUGCAGCUGGCAAAGGAACGGGAAGCGUCGGGACUGGAUAUGGACGACGAUGUGGAUAUGCAACCAUCAGACGAGCCCCAUCGGUGGAUUUACGGAUCAAACGGAAUGCUUCGAGAACUCAACGCCGCCGACUCUUCAAGGCUGAGACAAGUUGAAGACAAGCUCGCAGCGGUGCGAGAAUCCGAAUUAAACCCGGUCCGGAGAGCACGGAAUGACGAUGUAGCGAUCCAGGAACAAGGGUUGGACAUGAUUCGGAACCUGAUUGGAAGGCCUCGAAGUGGUCUGUCACCAGAGACAACGAAUGAGACAACGGAGAUGAUCGACUUUUUGCUGCAUGAAUUCGGAAGCGAACGGCUAUUCGAGAUACUAUCAUCCAAACUGCGACCCAAGGUGCAUCGACCUUUCUCCCGUCGAGUAACGAGUGGCCGAGAGCCCAGGAUGUUCCACCCACAGAGCAAGAUCAUUGUGGCCGUUAUAUACAUCCUAACGCAUAUCGCGGCGAGCAUCUCACGACAUCAGCAGAUGAUCAUCGCGCAAACAGAUCUUUUGAAACUUCUGGCGCAGCAGGCCAGCAGCAAAGAUCGAGAAGUCCGGGUAGCGCUAUGUCACUUCAUCAUCAACCUCACUUAUAAGGAUGACGAUGGUGAGGCUCAAGCUUGUGCUAUCAGGGCGCACGAGUUACGAAAGCUUGGAUUCUACUCCAAAAUGGAGGCUCUUACAAAGCAAGAUGGAGAUUUGGAUGUGCGGGAGCGAGCAAAAACAGCAGCGUAUCAGAUAGAGCAGGCGGGAUAUUGAGGUGUGUCUUAGGGCAAGGUAAUGGCGGAGAAAACAUGGUGGUGUCGGAAGGCGUUGAUUGGAAUGGUGUGUUAUAGACCACAGAGGCCAUUGAUGUAACCUAUAUUAUGAUUCUUCUUGACUUAGCGUGGUUGAAUAAUGAUAUUUGAUGGGGGGGAUUGCGGUAAGCUUGCAGUCGCAGUCACAAUUUCCGUCGCAUAGAGUCACGUUUCCUCGGGUGAUAUCAUGGAAUUAGCGGCAGACGCUGUAUCUGCCGGGGCUAAGAAGCCAAGAGGAGCAAGGGUGUAUUGCUCGUGACUGAUUUGCUACAAGGGUGUCUGAAUGGCCUGAAUCAAGUUCAUGACGGAGGGUUGCCAUGCAAUGAAACGUGGAAUGACACGGUGAAGGGAGAAUGACGGUGGUUCAUGAAGAGUAUCAGUACAUUAUCACCACAAGAGCAACAUCAUCAUUGAAAAGGAGCGAUCUCGAUACCCAAGAGCCUAGAUAUGCGAAUACGUAGUAGAUGUUGGGCGCGUGAUGUGUUGCAAGAAUAAGGUAGAUGUUGAAAUAACCUUGUGUGGACAUGCAGUCACUUUGACGUCAAUUAAUCAACCCUGUCUGUG